AUGGAUUUGCGCCUGUUGCGCUCCGCCGUAAUCGGCCCCUGCGGCCUGGAGGCACAGGACCUGGUGGAGAUCUCCGGUUCGGUGGAAAGCGGCAAGAGUCUGGUGCUCCAGCAAUUGAUUGCCCACUGCUUGGCGCCCUACAAAUUCGGGGGCCGCGAAUGGAGCGUCCUAUUGAUAAAUCUCAGUCACAAGAUUAGCCGGGAGUCGCUGACCAAGAGCCUGAAGGCGGAGUUGCGAGCGAACUCGGAAGUUGGAACAGAAGGUCCAGAGGAUUCCCCACAUAAGGAGCAGCUGCUUGCCGAGAUUGCCGGUGAAUGUCUACGUCGCGUGCGCUUCUUCAAUUGCUUCUGCACCGAGGAUGUCAACAUGGCCCUAGUCGAUUCCCGCUUUGCGGUCCUCCAAAAUCCUAGCGUGCAACUGGUUGCUCUCGACACCCUGAGCGAAUUCUACUGGCUAGAUUUUGCCCAGAGAACCGAAAAGUUGUCUAGAUUUCGGCACUAUCGAUUAUGGCAGGCGCGUCUGGAAAGGCUCUGCAGGGAGGCCAUCGUCUGCGGAAUGUAUACGGUAGACUCGGCAUUCCUGGAGGACAAAUAUGGCGAACCUCUACCGAGGGUUCAAGUGAAUCACCACUUCAAAAUGCAAAAAAUUAGGGGAAGAAUUGCUGUGAACGGGCAGCCAGUUGAUUUUGUUUAAGGAAUUUACCGAGGCAGCUAACAAAUGAAUCUUGGAAUCUUCUUAACCCUGAAAAUCUGACAAUUUGGAAGGACUUGCUUUACUCAAACAAAUUGUACAUCUUACUUUAACAAGUCCAAUUUAUCCAAAUGGAAAAACUUUAGAAAUAUAUUGAUGUUUAACGUUGAACUUGA